CAUUGGAAUAAGCUUAUUGUCAUAUUAUAUAAAUAUUCUGAUAUGAAUACUCAAUUCUUUUUUGUCCAUCUCUUUGUCUUUACCAAUUUGUUGACUCACAUUGGAUGUUUGAGUUCAUCACAUUUCACAACUCCGAUCAACCGGAGCAAUUUUCCUGCCGGCUUUAUAUUUGGAGCAUCCUCAAGUGCUUACCAGGAGCAACGCAAGUAGAUGGAAGAGGACCAAGCAUAUGGGACACUUUCGUCAGGGAUUUUCCAGGUAAAAUUGCAGACCAUAGUACUGGAAAUGUAGCAGAAGAAUUUUAUUAUCUUUUUAAGGAGGACAUUGCUAGGUUGAAAGAAAUGGGGUUAGACUCCUUCAGAUUCUCCUUCUCAUGGUCUAGAAUAUUACCUAAGGGAAAAAUCGGUGGAGGAGUGAAUCAGAGAGGCGUUGAUUUCUACAAUUUUCUCAUUGAUGAGCUCAUAUCAAAUGAUAUACAGCCAUUAGUGACUUUAUUCCAUUGGGAUGUUCCUCAAUCCCUUGAAGAUGAGUAUGGUGGAUUCCUAAGCUCUAAUAUUGUGGAUGAUUAUCGUGACUAUGUGGAUUUUUGCUUUAAAGAAUUCGGCGACAGGGUGAAGUCUUGGAUCACUUUGAAUGAGCCCGACGUAUUUGCUCUUAAAGGGUAUGCAAUUGGCAUUGAUGCCCCCGGUCGAUGUUCUAGCUAUAUUGGAAAUUGCACGGUGGGGAACUCCGCGACGGAGCCAUAUAUGGUGGUUCAUAACAUCAUUCUUUCUCAUGCAACUGCUGUAAAUUUAUACAGGGAGAAAUACAAGCCUUCUCAAAAGGGAAAAGUUGGGAUUACAGUAUCAGUCAGAUGGAUGGUGCCCAAAUACCCCACAGUUUCUUGCAUAAAGGCCGCCUCUAGAGCCCUGGAUUUUUCAUUUGGUUGGGUUGUGCAUCCAAUGGUAUAUGGUGACUACCCUGAGACCAUGAGAUACUUGGUGGGGACACGAUUGCCUAAUUUUACAGAAGCACAAGCCAAGAUGGUUAAAGGGUCUCUUGAUUUUGUUGGAGUAAAUUAUUAUACUGCAAGAUAUGCAGAAAAAGUCACAUCCUAUAGCAGCAUGUACCUAAGUUAUACCACAGAUAGCCGUGUUAAUCUAACAACGGAGAAAAAUGGAAUUCCAAUCGGUGAGCCGGCAUUUCCUACUUGGCUUUACAUUUAUCCGAGGGGAAUUGGAGAAUUUAUGCUAUAUGUAAAGAAAGUAUAUAACAACCUUCCCAUUAUUAUCACUGAGAAUGGGGUGGCUGAUCCAAAUAAUGUCUCGAUUCCCCUCAGUGAUGCCCUAAAUGAUACUAUAAGGAUAAAAUACCAUUCUCACCAUUUAUCAUAUCUUCUAGCAGCUAUCAAGGAUGGAGUUGACGUAAGAGGGUACUAUGUAUGGUCAUUUCUGGAUGACUUCGAGUGGGAACUUGGUUAUACUGUUCGGUUUGGCAUCAAUUAUAUCGAUUAUGAAAAUGGAUUGAAAAGAUAUCCUAAGCUGUCUGCGUUAUGGUUUAAAAAUUUCCUCCACAAAGAGAAUGUAAUUGGCUCUUCUUUGUUGUACUCCGAAUGAUUGAUGAAUAUAUAUAUAUAUAUAU